GGACCAAAUAAAUAUAAAGGAGCUCCCGGUUCAAGAAAAACCCAGUAGUCACCACCCCUCACCACCUCCGAUUUUUUAAUGCCACACCGCAUGGGAACCAUUUCUUGGUGUUGCCCCCCUUCCAGAGUCGGACUUCAUACCCUUGUGAUUGUUGACCAUUACUCGAAGCUCCCUAGUCUAAAUCGCUCUAUCUCAUUACUCUCCUUGUCCAAAAAACUCAAAACCAGAGUAACUUUACCAUCAUCAUCUUCAUCACUGGCCAACCCAUUGCAGUUUUCUUCGUCCUCUACGGUUGGUGCGCUGAAUGAGGAAUUGGGGGCUGCAUCUUCUGGUCUUGUCGGAGAGAAUGAUCUACUAAUUGUUGGCCCAGGUGUUCUUGGUCGCUUGGUCGCUAAGAAAUGGCGCCAGCAGGAACAUCCGGGCUGUCAAGUUUAUGGGCAGACAGUGACUACAGACCAUCAUGAUGAUCUGAUAAAAAUAGGGAUCAAUCCAUCUUUGAAGGGAACCAAACUAAAUCAUCAGUUCCCUUACGUCAUUUUCUGCGCUCCUCCCUCACGAACUUCUGACUAUAUUGGUGAUGUCAGGGAAGCUGCUUUGAGCUGGAACGGAGAAGGUUGUUUCCUGUUUACAUCAAGCUCUGCACCAUAUGAUUGCAAUAACAAUGGACAAUGUGAUGAGGACUCUCCAGUUGUGCCAUUUGGGAGAAGCCCAAGGACUGAUGUGCUUCUAAAGGCAGAAAAAGUGGUGCUGGAGAGCAGUGGCUGUGUACUGAGAUUGGCAGGACUUUACAAAGAAGAUAGAGGCGCACAUGUUUACUGGUUGAAGAAGGGGACUGCUGAAGUUCGUCCAGAUCACAUCCUAAAUCUCAUACACUAUGAGGAUGCAGCUUCCCUCUCUGUUGCAAUCUUGAAGAAAAAAUUCCGUGGCCGAAUUUUAUUGGGUUGUGACAAUCAUCCAUUAUCCAGGCAGGAAGUGAUGGAUUUGGUUGCUAAAAGUGGGAAAUUCAGUAAAAAGUUUGAAGGCUUUACUGGAACCAGUGAUCCUCUAGGCAAGAAAUUAAACAACAUGAAAACUCGAGAGGAAGUAGGAUGGGAACCACAAUACCCCAGCUUUACUCAUUUUCUUGGAGUAUCUGACUAACUGCUGUCUUUUGCACUGGUAUGGAAUAUAAUUGAUGUGCAAGAACAGUUGACUGGCGCAAAGAACGCUCAGAGAUGGAGCCACUGACCUCCUUUAAAAUUUUUCAGCUAUUUCCUGAAAUAAUUCAUGCAGUAGAAUCUCACGACAGUAUGAUCAGGUUGCCUCUGAAAAAUCACACUUCAGAAUACAUUUAGCAAGGUCAGAACUAUUUGUACUGGGGAGAUACUGGAAAUAAUUAGCUUAUGUGGUUUAAUUGCAUUAAGAUUUUAUGAGAUUUAUGUAUCUGUACGUCACGUUGUUGUAUAGUGAGAGCUUCAAGGUUCACACGUAUUUUCUGGCAA